AUGUCAUCAUUGAUUGAGUCAUUAAAUUACACGUCAGAACAACUUAAUCGAUAUUUAGCACCUGGUAUUUUUAUCGUCGGUGUAGUAGGAAAUAUUCUAAAUUGUUUAGUAUUAUCACAACGAACACUUCGAUCAAAUCCCUGUGCAUUACUUUUUCUGGUUUCAUCAUUUAUUGAUCUUAUUUCCAUUUUAAUUGGUGUACCUACUCGAAUAUUGGCUGGUUGGCACCAGGAUCCAACUACUACAAUCAGUUGGAUUUGUAAAUCUCGUGCUUUUAUUGUAUUUAGUACAAGAACAAUGGCAACAUGGUUGAUUACAUUAGCUACCAUUGAUCGAUGGUUAAUAUCAUCCCUUAAUAUUCAUUAUCGACAAAUGAGUAAUUUGAAAAAUAUUAAACGAACAAUAGUAAUCACUGGGAUUCUAUCGAUUCUUACUUAUAUUUAUAUGCUUUAUUGUUAUGAAGCUAAUAUUACUGAUGCACCAUUGAAAUGCUAUGGAAAAAGCGCAUCAUGUCGUCUGAUCAAUGAUUUAACAUAUUCAUUUAUAACCAUAAUAAUUCCAUUGAUCUUAAUGAUUAUAUUUGGUCUGUUAACUAUUUCCCAUGUCCAUCAUGUUCAUAAUCGUAUACAUCAUACGAUUUCUGGAUUAAAAAAUAUGCCUUCGACACCAAAAGAAUUACAUGCUAAAAAAAUUGACCGUAAUUUACUUCGUAUGCUUAUCAUCCAAGUAUUUCUUUUAACUAUAUUAUGUAUUCCACAAGUAAUUGAAAAAUUUCAUGUUACAUUAAAACCAUUUGGUACUGAAUCUGAAUUAGAAGAUGCUAUAAAGACAUUUCUAUAUAAUGUUGAAAUACUUCUUGCUUUUAUUGCAAGUAGUAUGCCAUUUUAUAUAUAUACAUUAGCUGGUGGAAAUCUUUUUCGAAAAGGUUUUCUCGACUUAAUACGAAGAAUUACUAACAAUCAUUAA